AUGGGGAAGGGGGUGGUGGCAUUUUGGAUAUCUACUUCUUGUGGCUUUGUUGCAUUGAUUUUACUACUAAGUGGGACUUGUAGAUAUAGGCAUUUCAAACCUAGUGGAAAUCCCAUCUCUAGGUUCUCUCAAGUAAUAGUGGCUUCCAUGAGAAAACUGGAGCUUGAAGUUCCCUCACUUGAGAAGGGCUACAUGAAAUUCAUGGAAGGGAUGAGAAAGAUGAGUUACAAGAGAAAGCCAAAGCCUCCUAGUGAGCUACAGAGAAUGGGAAUAGGGUUGGCGAUUGGAAUAGUAGCCAUGAUCAUCGCAGCCUUAGUCGAGCAACACAGGUUAAGAUUAGCUAAUGAAGGGGCAAAAGAAACAAGUUCUUUGAGCAUUCUCUGGCAGACUCCACAGUAUGUGCUUGUUGGAGUGGCAGAAGCAUUCAUGUAUGUUGCUCAAUGGGAGUUUUUUGCAGCACAAAUACCUGAUGGAUUGAAGAGCUUGGGGCUUGGUUUGUCAAUGUCUUCUGCAGCAAUGGGUAGUUAUUUGUGCAGCAUGAUCUUGACUGUGGUGAUGAAGAUAACAUCAAAUAAUGGAAAGCCAGGUUGGAUAACUCCAAACCUAAACGAUGGGCAUAUGGAUCGAUUUUUCUUCCUUUCUGCUGCUCUGACUGCACUCAACCUCGGGUUCUUUAUUUUUUGUGCUAAGCGCUAUAAUUGUAUAGUGGUAGAGAAACGAGAUGGAGGAACUAGGAUGGAGGAGGCUUGA